GCGGCGGAGCGAUGGGGCUGCGCGCGGGAGGAGCGCUGGGCAGGGCCGGGGCCGGGGCCGGGGUCGGCCGGGGGGCGCCUGGGGGACUCGGGCCGAGCAGCGGCGCGCAGGGCGGCAGCAUCCACUCGGGCUGCAUCGCCGCGGUGCACAACGUGCCGCUGAGCGUGCUCAUCCGGCCACUGCCGUCCGUGCUGGACCCGGCCAAGGUGCAGAGCCUCGUGGACACGAUCCGGGAGGAUCCAGACAGCGUCCCCCCUAUUGACGUCCUCUGGAUCAAAGGGGCCCAGGGUGGUGACUACUUCUACUCUUUUGGGGGCUGCCACCGCUAUGCGGCCUACCAGCAGCUGCAGCGAGAGACCAUCCCUGCCAAGCUUGUCCGGUCCACCCUCUCAGACCUCAGGGUGUACCUGGGUGCUUCAACACCAGACUUACAAUAGCAGCCUCCUUGGCGCCUCCCAACACUCCCAAGAGCCCGGAAGACACACCUGGCCUCCAGGGCGCCAGGCCAUGCAGGAAGCGAUCAGGGGCUCAGGGGCACGUUCUCUGUGCCUAGGGGGCGGUCUGACUCUGAGCACCUGUUCCACUAGCUGCAAGACCAUGGACUCAUUACUGAACAAUGUGGGAGCCCCAGAUCCCACUGCUGCAGAAACGGGGACGUGUCUUUGCUCUCGAGGUAUUCUUGAGAGAAUGAAAUGGAAAAGGAGGUGGGUUGGGAGAG